AUGCUAGUGCUACUCAUCAUAAGCGUGAUAGUUUUACUCCUUCUCUAUGUCAAACUCAAAUAUUACACUCUUCGCGGUCCUAUACCAGGCCUAUCGCCACAUUUUUUGUUCGGAAAUUUAAUUCAAUCGGGUAUGUUGCUACAGGGUAAAUCUCCAGUUGAAAUCUUCUCAGAAUUCAAGUCUCGUUACGGAGAUAUUUUUCAAUUUUGGUUUGGUCCUACUCGUUACAUUAUUGUUAGCAAUGCCAAUGAUAUUCAACAUAUAUUUACCAAUCGACAUAUUUAUGAUCAAGGCAAUAUGUUUAUUGAACAAUUUUCUACUCUUUUUCCAAAUGGAUAUAUUACUUUAACAGGCUAG